AUAGCUGUGAUAAUAUAGUCGGCCGACGCGGACGUUCGAGUCUGUUGAUUUCAAUUCAUUUAUCAUUGAACGGUAAAGUAGUCCGCUUGUUUGACGAACGUUGUCGCGAACUGUGUGUGUCAUUGUACCAACCGGAAACAUACGACAAAAUAAAUAUUUUAUAUGAAUAUUAAGGCAUUUUGAGAAUAAAUAGUGAUGUUUUUCGUGAUAAUAUUAUGUAUUUUAGUGUUCAUAUAUGUAUACAGCUCUUGGACUUUUGAUUACUGGAAGAAAAAAGGCAUUAAACAUGAUCCACCUGCACCGUUUUUGGGCACAAAUAGUAAACAAUUUCUGCAAAAGGCAAGUAUGUCGAUGAUGGCUGAGGAGAUGUAUUAUAAAUACCCAAAAGAGAGAGUGGUGGGUUUCUUCAGAGGCAGAAAACCAGAGCUUGUCAUUCGUGAUCCAGAGAUUGCGAAGCGAAUUCUGGUUACUGAUUUUAAUAAUUUUUAUAGCCGAGGUUUUGUGCCGCAUAAGACGAAUAUAGAGCCCUUAUUGAAGAACAUAUUCUUUGCCGAUGGAGACUUGUGGAAACUCUUAAGACAUAGAUUCUCACUAGUAUUUAGCACGGGAAAGAUAAAAGCAAUGUUUUCAAUCAUUACAGAGAGAGCCGAAAAACUGCAAACAUUAGCUGAAAAAGUGUCGGAAUAUGAUUCUUAUGAUGCACAUGAAUUAAUGGCAAGAUACACGACGGACUUUAUAGGUGCGUGUGGAUUUGGUCUUAAUAUAGAUACUUUGAACGAUGAAACAUCGGAAUUCAGGAAGUUAGGGAAAAGAAUAUUCGUUCGUACCCCAGCUGAUGCAACACGGGGUGCUUUAAAAUUGAUAUUUCCAGAGCUGUGUAAGAAUCUGCAUUUUCUGUCUUCAGAAUUAGAGAAAUCGAUGAAUUAUUUAGUUCAUACUGUUUUGAAGCAAAGAAAUUACGAGACAUCAGGUAAGAAUGAUUUCAUCGAUUUAAUGCUGGAACUAAAACAAAAAGGAAACAUGGUUGGAGAAUCCAUUGAGGAGAAAAAUCCUUAUGGCUCAUCCAAAACCAUAGAGUUGGAACUUAGCUUUGAUUUAAUGAUUGCUCAGGUAUUUGUCUUUUUUGGUGCUGGAUUCGAAACAUCAUCAACUUCUUCGAGUCAUACCCUACAUCAGCUAGCUUACCAUCCAGAGAUCCAAAGGAAGGUUCAAGAAGAAAUUGAUAGAGUUUUGAUUAAGUAUGAUAACAAAAUUACCUAUGAUGCAGUGAAUGAAAUGAAUUAUUUGGAGAAAACUUUCUACGAAUCGCUAAGGAUGUAUCCGCCAGUUGCUUUUCUAAUGAGGGAAUCGGCGAAAAAAUAUACGUUCCCGGAGCUUGACUUGAGUAUCGAUGAAAACAUGAAAGUUAUAAUUCCCAUAAAAGCUAUAUUCAACGACGAAACCUACUUUGAAGAGCCAAACAGAUUUAAUCCAGACAGAUUCCAAUCACUGAAGGAUAUGAAGAACCAUAUCUUCAUUCCCUUUGGAGAUGGACCACGAGCUUGUGUUGGUGCAAGACUAGGUCUGAUGCAAUCGAUGGCUGGGAUCGCGGCAAUAUUACACAGGUUUGAUGUUGAACCUUCUUCGGAAUCCAUUCGAAAUCCCAAAACGGAUCCAACUGGAAUUGUGUCGGAGAAUUUCGCGGGUGGACUGCCUCUUAAGUUAAGAAAACGAAAGUGCGCUAUGUAAUUUAUUGUUAAUAACUCAAACCAAAAUUAUAUUGGACUGUCAAGUAAUUUGAAAACCGACAGAUAGAUGGAGGGACUUAUAGAAGAGUGUUAGUAAUCUGCGGGUUAUAAAAAAAUUACUUCCAUGGCUACUGUCCAUGGAAGUAUUUUUUUUUAUCUUUAAUAAAAGUGUCUUGUCCGGCUCGCAUUUCACCAGUUUUUCUAUAGAGAUAGAUAGAUACAGACUAACGGCCGUUUUCAAUAACGUAUCUCUAGUUACGGAUACAUUGCUAUCACCGUUUAAUGACAAGAUCUUAUCAAUCUAUAGUUAUAUCCAAUAUAGUUGAGUCCAAUGCUUUAUGUCAAUAGGUUAUUGAAAUGUAAGUAAGCGUAAAAGGAUAGAUUUAUCUACCUCUAGUAAAUUAAACUAAGAAUUCAAAUUCAACUAUUUUUAUUCAAAAUAGGAUUUAAAAUCACUUAUUGACGGUCAAAAACUACCACCAAUUCAAAAGAGACUGCCUCAGACCUGAGAUGAAAGGGCGCAAGAAACUCAGCGGGCUUUUCUUAUAUAAAAUAUGGAUUACAAUAAACAUUUAUAAUUAAAGAGCCUGAGGGUGUUCACUUUAUUCCCAGUCCGUGGUGUCAUUAAGAAAAUCGUUUAUGCUAUAAUAACCUUUCCCACACAUACGCUUUUUAACAAUUUUUUUAAAUUUCGUAACACAUUUGUUUUGUACAUUUUCUGGGAUCAUAUUGUAGAAGCAUAUACAUCGCCCUACAAAAGACUUACUAACUCGACCCAACCGAGUAGUAGGCAUAACAAGUUUAUGUUUGUUCCUCGUGUUAACAUUAUGAAUGUCACAGUUUCUAGAAAAUUUCUCAAUGUGCUUAUGAACAUACAGAACAUUAUCAAAAAUGUAUUGAGAAACAACAGUCAAAAUGUUUAUUUCUUAAAAAAUUUCUCUUUAUGAUUCUUUAGGACCUUGGUUAUCAUUUAAUAUAUUUGGUUUUAUGACUAUUUAACAAUUAGUUAUUGGCGCUAAGCCAGUACACGAUGUCAGAUAGAGCACUGUUU